AUUUAUUUCCCAAAAUAAACAUUGACAGUAUAUUGCGUGAGCCUCUGCGAGGUUGUAAGUACUGCGUGUAACAACGAUGUUUGCGAAAGGAGGGUUUGGGCCGCUGGUCCAAACCCUCGUAGACCCUGGAAGUGGUUUAUUUAACAAUAACUUUUUAAUGAAAAAAUGGUUAAUCAAAGGCAGGCUCUUUUUGGAAAACAUUUUGAAGCGGAAAGUCAAAGGGUUGGAACACAGAGGACAGAUCUUACAAAAAUCCAUCGAAAUUAACAAAAAUGUCUUCACACCUGUAGCAAAACCAUCAUCGGCGAUAAAAAGAUUUUCGAGUCGGUAUGCUGUGGCAACUGUCGCACGUGAACUCCGAAAUCGUGCAGCAAUGGACUUUUCAAGGAAUCGCCGACCCAUCUUCUCCUUUGUGGCUGCAAUGCUGUCAACAGCUGCUGUCAAAGAAGAUGAUGAAGUCACAAGCUCUAUUAGAAAUGUAUUCUCCAUGAAAACAAAUCCGUCAUCCCAAGAGGAGAAUGAUUUUUCUGCUGCAACAUUCAGAGACUUCCAAAUAGGACAGUUGAUUGGGCAAGGUUGUAAUUCCGCUGUGUAUGAAGCAAGAUUCAAGAAUGAAGAGAUGAGAAGCUACAUACCUGAUGAGUAUUCCUACACAACAGAUGAAACAGAGGCGUCAACAGACACAGAAUCAAGUUUCGAAGUCAUAAAUGAGUCUGAUGAUGACAUUGAAAUUAUACCUGAGGAAUCCAAUUUUCGUUUAGAGGGAAACAAUCCAGAUAUUUCUACUACUACUACUACUACUACUUAUAGUGAAGAAUCUGAUGAGACACCACUUCUUCAGACAGAGGUAGAGUAUGGCCUGGCCAUUAAGAUGAUGUUCAAUUAUGAUUUGGAAUCCAAUGCUGAUGUCAUAUUUAGGGGAAUGAUGAAGGAAAUGAUCCCUGCAAGGUUUUUGCUACAACAGGAGGAAAAGUCUAUUUGGCUGACCAGAAAUCGAGUGAAACUCAAAAGUCUUCCUCCUCACCCAAACAUUGUGGACAUGCAAGGCAUCUUCAUUGACGAUGUUCCAAAGAUCGAGAGUGAUGAUUUAAGGUAUCCCGCUGCCCUUCCAACCAGGUUAAAUCCAGACAGCGGACUUGGGAGAAACAAAACUCUCUUCUUGGUGAUGAAGAAAUAUGACAUGACUUUGAAGAGCUUCCUUUCAGAAAAUGAUGUCAACUUGAAUACUAGAUGCUCUCUGCUAGCCCAGUUAUUGGAAGGAAUUGCACACAUGACAGAACAUGGCAUAGCACAUAGAGACUUGAAAAGCGAUAACAUUCUGGUAGAUGUCUCGAGUGGGUAUCCACAAUUGGUGAUAAGUGACUUUGGUUGUUGUUUAGCUGAACCUGAUUAUGGACUAAUGAUCCCAUACAACACCAGUAACAUUGACAAAGGGGGGAAUGCUGCGUUAAUGUCCCCUGAGAUAGCAGCAAUGGAACCUGGCCGGAAUGCUUGGCUUGACUACAGAAAGUCAGAUAUUUGGACUGCUGGAACUUUAGUCUAUGAGAUAUUUGGGGAGGAAAAUCCUUUCUACAAAGGCCCUUUCAAUAGUAGUUCAUACGCAGAGGAAAGCUUACCACCUCUUCCAGUGGCAGUACCAAAACCAAUAGUAAAGCUGACAAAGCAGUUACUGAAGAAGGAUCCUAAUCUUAGACCGAGUCCGAAAGUUGCUGCAGAUAUUGUACAGAUGUGUAUUUUAUUCCCAGAAUGGCUGAACCAGAAUGAAUCUCCACCAUUGGAGAUGAUAAAGGUUUCGGUUGUUUGGUUGGCCGCUACCCAUUUACUGAAAAGAGAUGCCAAAAAGGAUAACUCUACCAAAAGCUUUCUCAAGAGAAUUGACUUUACAUCUAUUUCGAACUCUCUAGCUUGGUAUCAUUCUCUGUGAACCAGAUCCACUUAUAAUAUUCAGAUCCCUUGCUGUUUGUUUUAACAACUCUUGAUUAAGUUUUUUCACUAAUAAACAACUGAAAAUUGA